GCCCUAACAUUCGCCACCUCUCUCUCCGCCAGCAUCAGAAUCAAAUCCGCCAUUCUCUUACCUUUCCUCCGCCGAUUCCUCUGCAAAACCCUAGAUUUCCUCACGCCUGUCAUGGAUUCUUGGCUCUUUUCCUCCCCAGAGGACGAUGCCUUUGGUCUCGAUUUGUCAUUUCCUCGCUUCUCCCGCCAGCUAUCCCACCUCGACCCGGAAUCCCUUUUCCUUGUUCCCUUCAGGUGGUGGAGCCAGGCUAAGGAGGGAUUGUGUAGUAGCGGUGAAGUGAGUGAGAGUGAUAUUAAUGGUAUUCAGUACAUGGCAACAGCUUUCUUGAAUCACACAGAUUGUUACUCCAGUGAAUCCAGUACUGAAACAGAGAUUCUCUUGGAUAUGGAGAGAGAGGGUGUGACUGAGGACAUGGAGGAAGGUGUUUCAGGUAGGGAGUUAGCCUUGGUGUCAGAAUGGAUGUUCUUGAGAGCUAUGAAAUGGCAUUAUGAUAUGAAGGAAGCUGGAGGUUUUCUAGCCCCAGAUGAUACCAUGCACGACUUAUUCUCUUUAUAUGUCCGACUGUAUAUUUCCCAAACAAAUUCUUUGGCUAUAAGAAUUAGCCUAAAGGACAACGAAGCUCGAGUGUUCGAAAGAGCCUGCAGUAUAUUCUGUGUCACAUCAAGAUCGUUAAGCAUCUGGGAUUAUUCUGGACAAACUAGCCAAUUUGUGUUGAACAGUAAGAAGUUAUUGAAUGGUUUAGGCGGUCCUAAUGAAGAGAUUCUUCUGGAGUUAAAGGUGUAUGGAUUGCCAUGUAGUAAUCAGAGGACCGGAAGGAGAGAAGAGGAAAUGAUGCCUAAAUGCUGUAGUUCAUUGAAGAGUAGUAUUGAUGCUCCUGAUGCUGAUGUGUCAUGUUGUGGAUUAGAUAGCAACAUGAAUAGUGCUUUUGUUCUGGGCCUAACCGGAUUGGGUAACCUCGGAAACACAUGUUUCAUGAAUAGUGCUCUUCAGUGUCUAGUGCACACUCCAAAGCUUGUUGACUACUUCCUUGGAGACUUCAAGAAAGAUCUGAAUUUUGAAAAUCCUUUGGGCAUGAGUGGGAAGCUUGCUUUAGCAUUUGGCGACUUGGUAAGAAAACUAUGGGCUCCAGGAGCAAGAACUGUUUACCCUGAGAUAUUCAAGUCAACAAUUGCUAGUUUUGCUCCUCAAUUUAGUGGCUAUAAUCAACACGACUCCCAAGAAUUCCUCUCCUUUCUGUUGGAUGGACUCCAUGAAGAUAUCAAUCGGGUGAAACACAAACCAUACAUAGAAGCUAAGGAAGAAAAUGGUCGUCCAGAUCAAGAAGUGGCUGAUGAACACUGGCAGAAUCAUCUAUCACGCAAUGAUUCCAUCAUUAUUAAUCUAUGGCAAGGCCAGUAUCGGUCGAAGUUGGUCUGUCCUGAGUGUAUGAAAUCAUCUGUUACAUUUGAUCCAUUCAUGUACUUAUCAUUGCCUCUCCCAUCAACAACAACGCGCACGAUGAAUCUGACAGUGUUAAGCGGUAAUGGGACAUCAUUGCCGUUUCAUGUCACAGUCACUGUGCCAAAAGAUGGAUGUUUUAAGGAUCUUUUUCAGGCCUUGAUCUCUGGAUGCUCUUUGAGCGAUGAAGAGACCUUUCUUGUGGCUGAGAUAUAUGGAAGUUCAAUUCUUCGCUUUCUAGAUGCUCCUAAUGAUUCAUUAGAUCUAGUAAGAGACGAUGACACCCUUGUUGCCUAUCGAUUACCGAAAGACGACGAAUCUCGUUUAGUUGUCUUCAAGCAUCAACGAGAAGAAAAAUCAAUCAUGCAUGGCUUUCCAAAGAAAUUUGGCACUCCUCUUGUCACAAGGAUAUCUGAUUUUUCCAGUGGAUCAGGGAUUUGCCAAGCGUACCUAAGGCUGCUAAUCCCCUUUUUAGUUCAACAUGAAGAUUCAUCAAGUGAUUAUGAUGAUGCAUUAAAUGGCGCUAAUGAUGAUUCUGAAAUGAUAAAUGCAAUGUCCAAUGUAGAUUCUCAUGUGAAUAAUUUCAAAGAUGAAUCAUCAUUGACUGGCAACUUCCAGUUUUUCUUGGAAUCUAAGAGCAUUCUAUGUAAUGACUUCAAGAUAUCAAUGUAUGAACCUGUUCUAAUCUCAAAGUCACGUGAGCCUGUGAUUGUGCUUGUUACAUGGCCUGAGAAAAUGGUUAAAUCCUAUGAUGUCUCCCAUCUCAGUAUCUUGCCAGAAGUAUGUAAUCCUGCAUUGGAUGGACGAAAGCCACAAGAGUCUAUUUCGCUAUAUAAAUGUCUGGAUGCCUUCUUAAAGGAGGAACCUCUUGGACCUGACGACAUGUGGUAUUGUCCGAAUUGCAAAAAACAUCAGCAAGCCAGCAAAAAGCUCGACCUUUGGAGACUUCCUGAAAUUCUGGUCAUUCACUUAAAGAGGUUUUCGUUCACCCGUUUUAUAAAAAACAAGCUGGAUCUAUUCGUGGAUUUUCCUAUUGAUGACUUUGACCUUUCAAGUUAUAUUCUUAACGAGAGUGGUGAUGUCUCCCACCAUUACAAGUUGUAUGCAGUAAGUAAUCACUAUGGUGGAAUGGGCUAUGGUCAUUAUACUGCAUAUGUCCAUCAUGGGCGUAAUGGGUGGUAUGAGUUUGAUGACUCUCAUGUCUCCACUGUCAAUGGCGGUAAUAUGGUAAAAACACCAGCUGCCUACGUUCUCUUUUACCGGAGGGUUUCGGACAUGCAGUGUGUGCAGAGCAAUUCAAAAGGGCAGAAAAACACGUUUAUGCAAGACACCGAGGGGCCCGUUCUAACUUGUUGAAAAAAGUUGCUAAGUCUUUAGGUAUUUCUGGUACAUACCCACCUGUCCAUUAUAUGGUGUUUUCUCACAAUGCUAAACUGGAAUAGUUUACAUUAGAUUAGGUCAGAACACUUGUUAUGAUGGUAUACAGGGGUGGCUUUGCUUUUUGGAAGAGUAGAGUACAUAUCAACACAGUUUUUUAGAAAAAUGACUGGGAAUUGUAUAUACAUUCUCUGGACCAGCUGAGAAUGUAUAUUCUUGGUUGAGUUUUGGAUCCCACCCUUUAUGAUCUACUUUUCGAUCAUGCACUCAACUAACUCAAGUGUGAAUGCUCAUAUUUCUAUUGCUAUAUUUUCUUGUCUGUUGAUAAUGAAUUUGAUCUGAUCCA